ACUAUUUAAGUAGACCAAGGAGCUUUGUUUUCAGUGGCAGUUGGAAAGUUGAGUGGUUACUAAAAUUGUGUGACACGAGGCAAUCCAUACUGCAAUAUAAGGGGUUUCCAGCAAAUAGUCGACAGCAAAAAUAAGUAUGGCGGAUACAACCAAAAAGUUGCUUGCCCUACUGGACAGGCCUAAUGAGCCUCUGUUUCUACCGAAGGGAGACGACAACCUGACUUUCAACUUACCGGAUGAUUACUUGGAAAACCGUUAUAAAAACAUGAAUGUGACUGAUCGUUUUGGAUCGAAGGGCAACACAGUAAAUUUGAAGCCUCUCACCCUUCCCAAUCUUGACCUUCCAUUGCGCCUCAAAAAGACGGACUCGUUCUCUCUUUUCGUUCCACUCCACAGGGAAAUGGCUGCUCGUCUCAUCGAAGUCUUCUUGGGAAUGAGAGGCAUUGAGGACUUUAUAUCGUGUGCCGCGUUCUGUCGCCAAAACAUGAACCCGUUGCUGUUCAACUACGCCUACUCAGUGGCCAUUCUCAACCGAGAUGACACCAAGAAUGUGAACCUGCCUCCUCUCUACGAGUUCUUUCCCGAUAAGUUCCUCUCGCACGGAGUGUUCAGCCGAGCAAGGCAAGAGGCCAACAUCAAUGCCGUUGUUCCUGGCAUUGAUUCUCAACCGAUAGAGAUUCCACUGGAUUACACAGCGUCCGACUUGGACGAGGAGCAUCGUGUGGCCUACUUCCGGGAGGACGUCGGCAUCAACCUGCAUCAUUGGCAUUGGCACCUCGUGUACCCCUUCCUCGGGCCCCGGCGGGUCGUCGCCAAGGAUCGGCGAGGCGAGCUCUUCUACUACAUGCACCAACAGAUCAUGGCCAGAUACAACUUCGAGCGCCUCUGUAACAAACUGCCCAGAACGAAGAAACUGAUCGACUUGCGCCAACCGAUUCCUGAGGCCUACUUCCCGAAACUGGACAGCCUCACAUCAAGCCGCGCUUGGGCUGCCAGGCCUCCCAACAUAACUCUUCAGGACAUUCACAGAGAAUUUGAGCAACUGAAUUUUGACAUCCAAGAUUUGGAACGUUGGAGGGACAGAUUGUAUGAGGCAGUCAGCACUGGCAGGAUUGAAGAUCAACAAGGAGGAAACGUUGUGUUGACUGAAGCAAAAGGCAUCGAUGAUUUGGGCAAUUUGAUUGAAGCCAGUUCAAUAUCGUUGAACAGGAACUUGUAUGGAGACAUGCACAAUCUGGGACAUGUAGCCAUAGGUCUUGUACACGAUCCUGACUUCAAGUUUUUGGAAACAUUCAGUGUUAUGGCUGAUAAUGCCACUGCAAUGAGGGACCCAAUAUUCUACAGAUGGCAUGCCUUAGUUGAUGACAUUUUCCAAAAAUACAAACAAACUCUGACACCAUAUUCAGCUCAACAGCUGGAUUUCAACGGAAUAAGGGUGGCAAGUAUCGAGGUGAACAGUCAGAACUCUCCGCGCAACCAAUUCUCCACCUACUGGCAGCAGAGUGACAUCAACCUGACGCGAGGCAUGGACUUCGCGCCCCGCGGCAAUGUGUUCGCUCGCGUUCAACAUCUCCAGCAUCAGCCAUUCGAAUACAAGAUCCAAGUAAUGAAUAACGGGCAACCAAGACAAGGAACUGUAAGGAUUUUCCUGUCACCCAAAUUUGAUGAACGCGGCAUUCCAUUCGUAUUCAACGACCAACGCAAGAUGAUGAUUGAGUUGGAUAGAUUCGAGCACAACUUCCAAUCGAAGAGCAACACAAUUACUAGACGAUCCCGGCAGUCGCGUCUAGUGAUUCCGUUCGAGAGAGUGUUCCGCGACUUGAACGACACGUCGGCGACACCAGGUGGCCUUGACGCGUUCAACUUCUGCGGUUGCGGCUGGCCCGAGCACAUGAUGAUUCCCAAAGGCAACGCCGAAGGCAUGCCUGCCACACUUUUCGUCAUCAUCACCAAUUUCCAGGACGACAGGGUGAACCAAGACAACCCAAGAGGCUCAGCCAACGCAUGCGAACCAGCCAUGGUGUUCUGCGGAGUGAAGGACCAGAGGUACCCGGACGCCAAGCCCAUGGGAUACCCGUUCGACCGUCUCGGCCGAAGUGGAGUCGACACCCUCAGGGACUUCCUAACGCCCAACAUGUUCACUCAGGAUGUCACCAUCAAGUUCACCAACAUAGUCGCUCCACCGGGAGCUUCCACCAGGGGUGCCUCUGGGGGGGCAGCUCAGCCGCCGAACAAAGCACAGCAGAACAAGGGACAGCAGAACAAGGGACGACCACGAAAUUAGCAACUACAAGAGAAUGGGAACUAGGAAUAACAAAAAAAAGAACAACAGUAACAGACCAUGGACGACCACGGAACUAGCAAUUACAAGAGAAUGGUGAUUGAGAAAUAGGAAUAACGAAAAAUAGAAAAAACAAUAGAAUAAAGUAUUAAGGUAUCAGGUAUUACAAGGAAUAGAAAAGACGAGGGCAUGUUAGCAACCGAACUAGGGACAACUGGACAAGGACGACAGAACCGAAUUAAGAAUAAUUACAGGAUGAUGAUGGCAGAACGGGAACGAAAAAUAGAAAAGACAACAGAAUAGAGUAUAGGGUACUUAGCAGUAGGGUACUUAGCACUAGUUAAUUACUUUAUUAACUAGGCAGUAGGCAUUAUGAGAAAUGGGAAACACGACAGAAAAGGAAGUAAUUAUUGUUACAGUAGCAUCUACCCACUUUGUGAAGAGAAGGUUGACAUUGAUAUGUCAGAUUUUUAAUGUAGGUACUCAUUUAUUUCAUUUUUGUAUGAUUCAGUGGUAUUUUUAAUGUGAGUAACUUUGAAACGGUAUUUGAUAUCGAUGUGCGGUUUUCGCGAUUCAUUUUUCUUGUAAUUCUGUAUCAAUAUCAUGUAUCAUAGAACCACAUUCCCAUUUAAAAAAAAAUUGGAUUCAAAAUUACUUUUCCAAGAUGGCAGACCAAAAUUUUGAUGCGACCGGAAAGUAGUAUACUUAUUCAAAUAGCAAAAAUCAGACCUAGCAUCAAAUUUACCUUGUAAAAAAAUAUUUAGCUGUUUCCAUAAUUUUUACCAACUCUGCAUGGUUGUCAAAGUUUGAACAUUUUUCAACUAUUCGUUUCUGAAUACACUGAGAAACAAAUGAAUCGAAUGAUAGAAUUUCUUUCAUUACAAUUAUCUGUCUCCAGUCUAUAUUUUUCACCAAAUUUCAACUAAUUUUCAUUAGUUAUACCGUAAGGUACUUAAAAAAUCAGGGUGAACGUAAAAACCGUCAAUAUUAGUCGUAUUUAGGAGAGAUUUCUCAAUACGUUCAUAUCACGCGUCUAGAGCUCCAACCAUAAUAACCAUUUUAUUUAUCAAUUUGAUAAAUUUAUGAAAUCAGUUAAAUUUUUGUAGUUGUUAUCCGCCAUGAAAUUAGAAAUUAGAUCCACCGUUAUGAAAUCACGAAGAGUUGCCAACAAUGUCUUGCCAUUGCUUAAGCUGCUGCAUCAAAGUUAUCUUUGAAAAAGUUGUCCAUACUGAAACUCAUAUUGGAGCUCAAUUCCAUUUUAAAGCUGUUUGGGCGUUUGUAGAGGAAUAAUUAAUAGAAAAAUUGAAAGUUUGGAAAUGCAGCAGAGCAGAAGUUAGGAGUUACAAAAAAAUGGAAGAUAGCAGAACAGGAACUAAAAACCGCCGAAUUACAGCCGAAAUUUCACACCGCUAUAGCAUAGAUACGUUUUUUGAAAGACCUAGCCGACGUAUCUCCCAAUUUCAAUCAAUCUAUCAGCUCAACGUGGUCAGUUUGAAAUGGACUGAUUGAUUAACAUUGACGGCUGUGUCUUUCAAAAGACGUAUUUCAAGCUUCGCUACGGCGGUGUGAAAUGACCUCCAAGUUGAUAGAGCAAAGCACAGGAAUGUUUAAGGGCUGUGCAAAAGGCUGAAAAAAUUGUUCUACAAAUGAUAUUUUUCAAAGUUUUUUGAUUUGUAUACUAUAAAGCUAUCAAAAUAAAAAAGUUUUCUCAGGAAAACAUUUUUUUCCGAUCAUUACUAUUUUUGAGAUAUGAGCGCCUAAAGUUCAAAUUUUCGGGACAGAUUAUUUCAAAUUCGGUGAGAGAUAAAUCCAUGAAAUUUUUAGAAUAACGUCUUCAUUGUAUUUUUGAUUGAAUAAAACAAAAAUAUUCUAAGAAUAUAAAUUUUUGAGAAAGUUAUUCAAUUUACCACAAAUACUCAACUAAAAGUUAUUUUUGGUCAUUUUUAGUAAAUUGAAUAAAAACUUGAUAUUUUUAGGAAAUUUUUGUUCCAUUAAAUCAACAAUACCAUUAAGAAUUCAUGCUUAGAAUUUCAUGAAUUUAUCUCUUACCGAAAUUGAAGUGAUCUGUCCCAAAAUUUAAACUUUCGUAUCUCAAGGAGAAGUAAUGAUCGGAAAAAAUAUCCUGAGAAAACUAUUUCAUUUUGAUAGCUUGAUAGUAUACAAAUCGAAAAACUUCGAAAAAUAUCAUCAGUAGAAAGUUUUUUUUAGCAUUUGAACAGCCUCAACUUGGAAUAAUGAAAAAAUCGUGAAUAUGCAUAAUGGGAACUAAAAAUAACAAAAAAUUGAAAGAUAGCAGAAAGGCAGAAUUUUAAGAAAAUAGAUAGAAUUAGAGCGUGAACACAUUAGAUACAGCAAAACAGACCAAGGAACUCACUGAAAAACUUGAAAUUAGAAAAAAAUGAAAAACUAUACAAAAAAGACUGAAGAACUAAGAGCUAAGCUCUAACCCAUUAGAGCUUACAAAAAACUGAAGAGUCAAUAGAACAAAGGACAACUGAAUCAACAGAGAAAUAAGAAUUAGGAUGAAUUGAAAAGAUAAUAGACCUAGGAGCUAGGAAUUUAAAAAAAAACGACAAGAAUUAAGGACUUUGCGUUUGAAAAUAUUCAAUCAAUGAGAUUAUUGCAGCGGGAUGUUCCUCUCUUAAAUUCUGGGAGAAGAACUGAUGAAUCUGAGAAUGACAAGGUGUGAAAUUGGAUUAGAAUAGAAAAUAUUAGAAAUGGAAUAUAGGAUUCAAAACUAGACGGGAGAAAAGCGCCUACCUCGGAAAUAGAAAAGCGCAGAGCGACGUUUAAAUUAUCAGAAUCUAUCUUCUAAAUCAUCAAUAAUAAGUUAUUCAUCUUCAGAUUUAUGUACCAUUAUUCUGACGAAAAUAAAAAUAUACAAGCAUAAUGAAAAA